UUUGACUUUUUUAAUCUUCCUGGGGUCCGGUCGCAGUAGGAAUAUCCAUCUUUAUUCUGAAUAUUUGUAUUUUCUUAUACCUAUUACCUGUUUAGCUGUACCUGGGGUUACGUAUCAUUUAUACGCCAUGUAUAAGAAUGGAUGUCUUCCUUUGUCGUGCCUAUUGUUGUUACUGCUUAUGCACCAAGUGUCUCUGCAGGAUGUUUCAGCUUUUACAGGAGGGUCUGUGAUCCUGAAUUGUUCAACCAGUAACUUGAGCUUAGUCAAUGUGUACUGGAGAUACAGGGAUAGUAAGACUGUGUACAACAUAAUCGAUGGAAAAGAGCAGUUGGGUGAACAGGAAGCAGCGUUCAGAGGCAGAGUCAAGAGUUUUCCAGAAGAAUGGAAAAAAGGCAAUUUCUCAAUCAUACUGAACAAUGUGACUGAGUCUGAUUCAGGACCGUACACCUGCUUCAUUCCUAAACUCAACAAUCAUCCAAAACUACAGCUGACUGUUACUACAGAACGGCAAGACUCCAAAUCAGACAAACAGAAGAACAGCAGCGGCACUGAGGGAAGACCACACAGCCUUUUGCUUCUCUUUGCAUUUCUGCUGGGCUGCUCUCUGCUUUCUGCCUGAGCUCUGCUGUGCUGCCUGUACUUUCUGAAGAGAGCUUCAUGUGCAACGCAGUGCAAAAACUAUAGAAAAAAAUAGGAAAUUCUGAAAACAACCUUUAAAACUCUCAGGCCUGUUCUACUGUUUCUUAGAGGCUGUAGUUGUUAUCUUUCUCAAUUGUUUAAAAGCUAUGUUGAAAGAGAAACGCUUUGUUCAAUGUUUAAGUUCAAAGGGAACUACAGUACCAGUCAAAGGUUUGGACACAUUCUCAUUAAUAAUUUAUUCUUUAUUUGUUUUAAUUACUACAUAAUAGAUUGAUGAUAAUAAACUUACAAAUUAUGAAGGAAUACAUACAGUUAGGUUCAGAGUAAAGAAAAGCAGUUAAGUGCUCAGAACCGCUAGAACUCUUAUGGAUGGAUGGAUGGAUGGAUGGUUGGAAAACAGUGAAGAACUCAGAACCUCUAGAACUUGUAUGGACAGACAGAGAGACAGACAGAGAAAGAAAAGCAGUAAACAAGAGCUCAGAACCUCUAGAAUUAAUUUAGAUAGAUAGAGUGAGAGAGAUGGAUAAAGAGAGAGAGAAGGAAAAGCAGUGAACAAGAACUCAGAACCUCAAGAACUACUCAUGAAGCCGAGAGAAUCAGCCAGUAUGUGCAAAGUUGACAUCAAAGCAAAUAGCGCUACUUUGAAGAAUCUAAAGUAUAAAACACAUUUUGGCUUGUUUAACACUUUUUUUGUUUCCUUCAAUUGCAUAUGCAUUCCUUUAUAGUUUUCAUGACUUUAAUAUUAAUCUACAACAUAGAAAAUAAUAAAACAUAAAGAAACUAAAUGAGAUUAAAUAAAGGGGUGUGUCCAAACUUUUGACUGUAACUUUUGUAUGCGGUAACUCUCACUUACAAACGUAGAACCUCAUAAAAUCUUAUCGGAUCUAGCAAGUCAUAGCAAUAACAAAAAUAAUAUGAUAGUCAAACCCAUGUGCUGUUUAUACUCUAGAAAUUCAUAAAUAAUAAUAAAUAAUAAAUAAAUAAUAAUAGUAAAAUCCAAAAGCUUUAGAUCACUGGUUCUCAAGCUUUUAAAGCAAUGUCUCAGCAAUGAUCAAACCAAAAAGCUUAACUACCUACUUUGUGGGUAAAAUAGCUAAGCUGAAGUAUAGCUGAAGGACUAUUCGGAUGGUGAGAUAUUGAAGGUAAAGUUGUGAUUUAUUCCCCUUUACGUAGGGAAUAGAGAAAGAGGGCAAGGCUAAACUCAUGCCUAAGUUUAUGCUUAGCAAUCAGAUAAUAUUACUGCGUCACUACUUACUAACCCCCUGAAUUAAUGGCGGUAUAGGAGCGAGUCAGUGCUGACUGGGUGGUGUGUUCAUACACUCGUGUAGUGGCAGUGCUGAUUUGGUGAUAUGGAACAUUUUGUUGGGUAUUUGUUUAAGUUUAUGAAGAAGCAGAUUAUCAAGAAAUUUAAUAAGCCUUAGGUUCAUAGUCAAGUGUUCGUAUUUACUGAGUGGAUUUGCACCACUUCUAAAAGCAUAAUGUAAUAUGUUGUAAUAAUAUAGUGGUCCCAGAUCAGCAUUUUCACUUUCAGUUUUGUUAUGAUCCACUUUCCUGCCACCUCUGGUCGGUUUUUGCACUGGACUAUUAAGACUAAUACUUAAAAUACUAAUACUUAUUUUGUAGUAAUUAUACAUUUCUCCAAAGAUUCCAUCUUUUUGAGUGCAUUGUUGUUGUUAUUAUUAUUAUAAUUAUUUAUUAUUUUUAAAACAAGUAGUUUAACUGGAAGUUUUUUGACUGUUAGUUCAUGAACAGGGUCUUUGUAGGCACUUGUUUAUGCUUGCUGUUCUUGGCUCUCUUCAGUGCUUUAUAUGUAAUAACUGCGCAUAUAGAAGCAAGAAAAAGGCUAAGUUAAAUGAAAUGUGGCAAUAAUUUGGUUGCAACGGUGAUAAAUGGAUGAAAAUACCCCAAAAACUAAGUACUAAAAGUAAGUGUUUUACAUUGUGUUUAAAUUGAAUUUAAAUUACAUAUUUAUAAUUUAUAUUUAUUUUCUUUUUUACGUUUGAGUGUACUAAAAUAUAGGAAUAUUUUUAAGAAUUUCACAAAUGUGCACUUUAAAAAAUGUUUAUUUUUCUUUUGUGACUUUUGUUUUUAAUGCUGUAAAUCUAAGUUUGUCUCUUAAUGAAGAAUCAAAUUUUUUUUUUUUAAGUUAUAAAUUUGUUAAAUAAGGAGCAUUUCUAUUGCUCUAGUUCAAACUAACUACAAGAUUCUAAUUGUCAGGAAAAGUAAAACAUUGCAAAAAUUGAGAGAUAAGAUUUUGCAUAAACAGCCUUAUUUAAAAGCAAAUGAAGGAAAUUAUGCCCACUCUAUUAUCUUAUUAAGGCUAACAGUACUAAAGGUUUAUUUUAUGUUUAAUAGCUGCAGUGCAUUAACUAAGCGACUAAUGCAGCAUUUGUCCAUAAAGCCGAGACGAUCUUAAUGCAGAGAGCACCACUGUAUCUCCGCUGUAUCUUACUGGAAUGCUUUUAGACCACAACCCCUUUAACCUGUUUAAAGAUCCUUCCAGUAAACGCUAAAGUGGCUGUAGACUCCUGUUAAUCUGAUAUGAUAUCAGUGACUCUCUGACUCAUAGGCUACGUUUACUCAGCAGGUAUAAGUGGUUCAAAUCAGAUGUUAUCUGUGGCAAAAACACACUAAAUCUGAUAUUUUCAGUUCUAAUUUUGUCCUAUUCAUUAUGUGGAAUUGAAAUGCGACCAUUAUCAUUCCACACCGAUCACCAGAUUGGAAUUUCUGUGAGUUUUUUAUGUCAAGGAAAAAGACAAAAGGAUGACAGCAGUGAGUGAAAUUUUCAGUGGUGAAAUAGUGGGAUAACAGACCUUACUAUAAAUGUUUGUGAUGAGGUCUCUGUUCAAACUAAAAUAUAGAAGGCAAAACUUCCUAUAAUUUAACCACUGUGUAUUUCUAAUUAAAUGGCCAAAAUGUGACAACACUCAUAACGCUGCUGCAGCAUCAAAAGAAAUAAAAUACAUAAAAACUAAAUAUAAAGAAAAGUUACGAAUGUAAAUCAAAAAGUUUUUGUGGCAGAAUAUCAUAGCAUUUUUUACAGCAUGCUUUAAAGGAGAAUUCUAGUGUAAAAUUGACUUUUGCUGUAGUAAAGCAUGAUAAAAAGUUCUUACCUUUGAUGAAUAGCACACCUCCACUCUCCUACUGUGCUAAGCAAAAUGCACGAAUUACUGGAUCUCUGAAAGAGAGCGGAGGUGGGCUAUUCAACAAAGGUACGUCAUUUUUAUCAUGUUUUACUACACCAACAGUCAAUUUUACACCAGAGUUCUCCUUUAAUGCAUUCUCUGUGAUAAACCCUGCAGUCAGCUAGUGGAAUUUGUUGAUAGCUCCUUUGAUGCUGGAGAAAUGAAUCUGAAACUUCACGUGAAGCUUCAUUCUUUUGCGUUUGUGCGUGAACAGUUGAGGCGAAUGUUAGAUUUAGGUCACAUUGAAAAUAAGCAAAAAAUAAACAACAGAUUUUGGUGAGAAAUUCGGAUUUUGAACAGAAGAACUUUUCUUGGAAAAAGACUGAAUUGGGCUGGAAAAAUUUCACAUGAAGCAUAGAGUUACUCUAGUUAUUAAUGUUGCACUAUUUAAAUAAAUUUUAAUAUUUAUUAUACUUGUACUCCAGCUGCUUUGAUUCUGUAUUUGUUUUAGUUUAAACGUAAAUACAAACAUGAAAACAAGACAUUGACAUUGUGAAUUUGAUCUAUUCAAAUGUGCUGAGGACAGAAGGUUUGGAAUGUGGAUUUGUCAAGGAAGUUGAUUUAAACCGUAUAUAAAAGAACAUUGUUUUAGUUAGCGAUAACUGAAGCAGCUACUAGGGUUUAAUAAAAGAACAGUUAAAACUGCAUAAGCGUAUUGAACUCUGAUUGCUGUGCUGUGUUUGUGUGUGAGAAGAUCUGAAUGUUGUACUGUUGUGCCUCUGUUAUUUCAGUGUUUGUAUUCAUUUAAAAUUAUAUAUGUAUAUAUAUAUAU